AUGUGGUUCUGCCGCGUCGGCCAGGAUCUCCGGUGGUCGCGUCACGGCUACGACAUUGGCUGCUUGGACAUCGCGGGCUCUCCUCCCACAAAGAGACACUUCGUCGACGUUGCCGCCGUUAAUGGGAGGUUCUUCUUCUGCGAGUCCAAUGACUCUCUCGGCACGCUCGACUUCCACGCCAACGACGCCUCGGAGAAGCCGGAGGUGCGGCUGGGCGCCAUCGCCGUGCCCUGCGUCCACGUCCCGACGGGCUUUACGGCCACGUACGUCGUCGAGUCCUGCAACGACCUGUUCCUCGUCCAUAUCGCCUUCCACGGAUUAUUCGUCGACCGACCAGGGGAGCUCCGCGUCUAUCGGAUGGAUUUCUCGGAGCCGCCGGCUUGGCGCAAGACGGACUGCAUCGGGGAUCGGGAUUUCAUCCUCGGUAAAUCCAAUUUUGCAGCGUCCUGCUCUGCCAGCGGAUGUGGACUCAAGCCCAACUGCGUCUACUGGUUGAAUUGCCUCAGCUCAGAGAACAGUGAUCUGCAUGUCUUCGGCCUGAAGGACGGCUCAUCAGAAAUUGUCAAGCAGUUUGAGAAUGUCGUGGGUCUCCGGAAAUCCUGGUGGAUCGUCCCUGUCGUUGCAUAG